AUGAACAUGGUUUGGCGGACGGGCCUUACCAGCAUCGGCGCUCUGGUGGGCGUGGCGGGCCUCGCCUUCCUCGGCCAUCGCCUGUUCAAGGCACAAGCGCCCAAGGUCCAAGAAGCGAUGAGUCAGCGGGGCCUUGCCCGUGAGUCGCAGCAGCGCCUGGCCGACUACAUGUCCAUCCUGCGCGGCAGCCAGACCGCCGACCUGUCCGCCAAGAACUUAGGGGACGAGGGUUUCGCCUACAUCAUCGACGCCCUGGCCUUCAACGAGGUGUGCCUGGCCGCCGACUUCAGCAAGAAUGGGAUCGGCGCAGUGGGCGCGAGCCAGCUGGCGACGGUGCUCCCCAGCAACGGCACGCUGCGCACGCUGCUCCUCGACACCAACGCCGUCGGCGACGAGGGGGCUGCUGAGCUGGCAAAGUGCCUCGUGGGCAACGCCUCGCUCAAGUCGAUCAACCUGAGCGGGAACAACAUCGGGAACGUGGGCGCCGCCGCGCUGGCGGAGGCGCUGCGCAGCAACACCACGCUGCGCAUGCUGGAGCUGGGGUCCAACGUGAUCGACCCUGCCGGGGUCAAGCUGCUGGCAGAAGCGCUGGAGGUGAACACCGGGCUGCGAGCCCUGACGCUGAGCGACAACUACCUGGGGGCGGAGGGGGUGGAGACCCUGGCGGCGGCCCUGCGCAGCAACACCGUGGUGCAGGAGCUGCACCUGAAGGGCAACGAGGUGGGGGACACCGGGGUAAAGGCCCUGUGCGCCGCGCUCGAGGGCCGUAAGGAAUCAGCUCUCAAGGUCCUGGACCUGGGCAACAACGGGGUCGGAAAGGAGGGUGCGGUGGCCGUUGCAGAACUCCUCCGGGCCUGCCCGGGCCUGGAAGAGCUCAACCUGUACAUGAAUGACAUUGGCGAUGACGGCGCAUUCCUGAUCGCUUCGGCGCUGAAUGGCAACAAGACACUGACCAGCCUGGACCUGGGUGGCAACAACAUCGGACCCACGGGCGCCAAGGCGAUUGCCGCUGCGCUGCAGGGCAACGCCGCCAUCCGCAGCAUCGAGAUGGGGUACAACCCCAUCGGGGCAGAGGGCGCGCGCGCGUUUGCAGACAUCCUGAAGUUUGACAUGCAGGUGGAGUCCCUGAAGCUGGGCUGGUGCAAGCUGGGGCCUGGCGAAGGGGCGCAGGCCGUCGCAAACCUCCUGCAGUUCAACACCACGAUCCGUACCCUGGACCUGCGGGGCAACAACCUGGGCAACGAUGGCGCCAUCUUGGUAUCUCGGGCACUGAAGGAGCACACCAACGAAAAGCUGCGGGAGCUGGACCUGGGGUACAACGAGAUCAAGGACGAGGGUGCGUGCGCGCUGGCGCAGGCACUCAAGGCCAAUGCGGAGGGCGCGCCGCGGGAGCUCAAGGUCAACGCCAACUACGUCACCUCCUUUGGCCAGGUGGCACUCACAGAGGCACUGGACAUGGUGUACGACAUGGCCAAGCGUCAGAUCACCAUCACCUUCUAG